AUGUCAUGUAUUUGUGCACUACGUUGUAUUCUGAUCUUUAUAAAUACAAUAUUUGGGAUAAUUUCUGCAUUUAUUACAAUAAUUGGUGGUAUUUACACAUGGGGUGAAAAAUCUGUACAGAACACAUUAAAUACACACUUGUUGGAUGGAAUCAGUACACUGAAUAAUAAGAAAGCUCUGCCGAAGAUAAUGUUUAAAAUAUUGGAAGAAAUUCAACCUGCUGGAGUUUAUAUUUUCACUGUUGGACUUAUUGUAUUUAUCAUUUGUCUAUUUGGGAUCAUUGGGGCAUGUUGUAAAUCAAGAUGGGUUAUCUGCAUUUACAUGAUACUGCACAUGUCACUCAUUAUCCCUGAGGCUACCAUCAUUAUCGUGUAUUACUGCCGUCCAGAUAUUGUUACAACAUUUAGUCGAGAUGUAUUCAAUUCAAGUAUUCAUCAAUAUGUUGGUUAUGAUUCACCGGAUAUACACAGUCGUGUGUUAAAUUAUAUUAUGACACAGUUACAGUGUUGUGGUCUUACAAAUGGAAGUGAUUUCGACAGUGUAAAGACAAUUAAACGGAAUAUCGUUUAUAAAGGUGAACCAUAUGAAUUUAAAUAUCCAAUCAGUUGUUGUAAAAUGAUGAAUAAAAGUCAAGAAAUCAAUGAUGACAGUUGUCCUGAUCGAUUUACACCAGAGAAUAGUAAUGUACAUGUUGGAUGUUGGCAGAUAAUAGAGGGUUACGUUAAAGCAUUUGCCAAUAUAUUCGCUUAUACAUUCAGUGGAGUAGUAGGAUUUCAAAUGGUAUUAAUUCUAUUCACCCUAAUUAUUUUACGAACGAAUCGAAAGAUUAAGCCAAUCUGA